CACAGACCCAUCUUGGUCUUCCUGCAUUCCACUUUCCUUUGGUCCGGUUUGAGCUGCAGUAGCCACCAUGAGACUGGGCGUACUUCUCCUGCUCUCGGUGCUUUGGACGGCACAAGGAUUCCCUACAUAUAAAAGAUGCGUCGGAGGAACAGGCGGUCCCCCAGGUUUAUCCAAUGGACCUUUCCCAGGCGGUCCCCCAGGUUUAUCCAAUGGACCUUUCCCAGGCGGUCCCCCAGGUUUAUCCAAUGGACCUUUCCCAGGCGGUACCCCAGGUUUCUUCAGUCCAGCUUUCCCACCACCAGUGAUGAAAUGGGAACAAUGGAGGGGCAUCGAGGAAAUGAUGGCCAAGGAGGCGGUCAAGGAAAGGGUGGCCAAGGAGGCGGUCAAGGAAAAGGUGGUCAAGGAUCCAGUCAUGGAGAUGAUGGCCAAGGAGGCGUUCAGGGAAAGGGUGGCCAUGGAGGCAGUGAAAGUGACAACGGAAGUGGAAAUGACCGGAAGUUGA